UUUGACAUCCUGUAAUUCCUGUAACCUGUAAUAAUAACAUUUAAAGUUACAAUCUUACCUUACAAUAACAAUUUUAUCUGUAAUGAGAUAAUUUGUUUAAUUUGCGCCUUUUAAGUAUCAAUUAUUAUUAAUUUUAUUAACUUUGAAAAUAUUUUCAAGUAUGUCUGAAAGUGACGAAGAAUGGCAGCCUCAUAGUAGCACAGGCCAUUUUUUAAAAAGACCAAAAAAGGUUUUAACAAAGUUUAAAUCUAAUCAGUCUAAAAACAUUUUAAAUGGAACAACAGGAAUCAAACCAAUAUUACACGAUAAUGUUAAUUCUAAAUACUUAUAUAAUUUUUCUAAACAAAUCUUACGGAUAGAAUAUCCGGGUCUUGUGAAAGAUGUAACUUCUGCAAUUGAAACACUUGGAAAAAUGCAAGAAAUAGAAAUGGCAGCUGCAGAUCACAGAAUUAAGUUGGAAUUACGUUUUCAUCCAAAUAACAAAUACAACAAACCUUGCAGUGCUGAUAGAGACACGAAUCCUGGAAUUUUAAUAAGAGUUAAACAUGCUCCCACUAAAUCACAACUGGAUGAGCCAAAAUAUGACUAUGAAGUUAUAGGAGUAACAUCAUUAAAUUUUAAGUUUAAUCGAAUGUGUGAUUUUCAAUAUUUGCCGUUAGUGGCUUCGAAUGCAGCCAACGAUAAUGUGGAAUAUAUUUAUGAGAAAAUUUUGCCAAAGAAGUUACCUACACUAGAAUGGUUACUGUCUAAAGAAACCUCAUCUCAACCCAAAUUUUUCAUUCCUCCGAGUUUUGCUCGUAUUGAUAUAUCUCAAAAUAAGUUAUAUUUAAAUACUGCAGAAAAAUUGAACUCAAAUGUAAGACCAGAACUGUCAAAAUUAAGUGAAAAUGUUAAGUCGACAAAGAAACCUAAAAAGAUACUGAUCAAGCAUGUGUCGAUAUUUGUAAAUCUUCAAACACCUAAUGUACAAAUACCUGAUCAACCUCUCACAUAUACAAUGGAAUUGAUAAAAGAAAAGAACUUGGAAAAACAAUAUAUAAAUGUAAGAAAGCUAUUCGAGGAAAGGCCUGCAUGGACUAAAGUUGCUAUCCAAUACAAAACUGGAAUAAACACAGAAAAUGCUAAAAUUAUAUUACCGGCGGUUGCAUAUUUUUGUCCUGCAGGACCUUGGAGAAUGACUUGGAUAAGAUAUGAAUACAACCCACAAAAAGAUUUUAAUUCCAGAAUAUAUCAAACGUUGGAUUAUAGAAUACGAGCUAAAGAGGGAACAAAACUGAAAGUUGAUGCUAAAAGAAGUUACACAAACAAAACUUCUCUAAAAGAUAAAGUAGAUUCUAUCAAUAAUUAUAUUAUUGAAGAAAGAAGUUAUGUCCUACGACCGAAUUAUAUACCUCCAGCACGGCAGAUGUUCUAUCAGUAUUGCGAUGUGCUAUUACCUGAAAUUCAAGAAAUGGUAUCUAGAUUACCUAAAUUACCUGCAGGGACAAAAUAUGACUCAAAGAAUGGAUGGUUGCCAGUUAAUUUUACGGAACAAUGUAGAGAAAUAGUUAAUAAAUAUGUGAUGGAUAGGGUACAAGAAGAACUACUAGAAGAUACCAUCAAAUUGCAACAGCAAAAUCAGUCAGAAAUGUCUGAAAAGCAGCAAUUAAAGGAAAAUUCAUCUCCUACCUAUUGUAGCAAAAUGUUAAGCAAUAUUAAAAAAGGCAUAUAUACAAGUGUAAAUGUACCACCAUUUAUAAAGGAACCAUCUAAAUCUAGUGCAAACAUGACUGAUUCUGAAAUUCACACAAUUGACUUAUUAGUUCCGAAGAUGUCAAAUUACAAGCCAACAGGACACCAUUUGCAGGAAGUUUUACUUUUCCUUUUAAUUCAAAGAAAAGUGCUGCUGAAAGCCAUCGAGUGCUGUUGGAAUACUCAACCACAUGUUCAUGAAGUCAAAAAAUACUUAGAAAUGCUGAAAUGGGAUGUUUUGCCCCAUCUGUCAUAUUCAUCAGAUAUUGGUCUAUCGGAUUUCUACUUGUUCUGAUCCAUGGAACACGGCCUGGCUAAGCAGCGCUUCCAAUGAUAAGAAAAAUUUAAUUGUUUGGUGGAUAGCAUUAAAAUAUGAGUUGUUCUAACGACAAAUCCGUACGCUGCCAGAAAGGUGGGAAAAAGUAAUGGCUAGCAAUGGACAAUGCUUCAAAAAUAAUAAUGUACACAAUUUUUCAUAAAGCCUUGAAUUUACAAAAAAAUUCGUCAAAAUUGUGACUAAACUUAUUCAGUUUGAUAUAAUAGUAGUUUAUUUUUUUUAUCCUCAGAUGACAAUUCCAAAAAUUAAUCACGAAAUUGUUAUAAUUAGUUACAUUUGUAGCAACAUUUUAGACAUUACAAUAAAUUGGCCAAUAGGCCAAAUUUAGGGGUACUUUUAGAAUAAAAAUCAAUGUUGAUUUCACAAAUCAUAAUAGACUUGUCACUUAUGCCAGAAUAACGUAACACAAUAACUAUUAUAUACAGCUAACCCAUUCAGUUAGUAAAAAAAAAAUGUUAAAAUUAUGGAAGGAAACUAGAAUUAGUUAUUCUAACGGUCCGUACAAUAUUUGUUGAGAUAGAAUUCCAAGAAAAUUAUCAGAAUUACUGUAACAAUUUACCAUGGCAGGGGUGUGACUUGAAAUUUUCUGCCAGUCUUUCUACCUCUGGUGUCAAAUGCGGACAUCAGACGCGUUCCUUGAAAUGUUCCGCCAAUGCCUCUGCCUCGGGUGUCGAAUGCAGUUAAUUCCAAAAAUGUGACAAGUCUUGGAAUUCUACCUUAACAAAUAUC